AGAUGAGGAGGAGCUGAGAAAGUCCCUCUCGGAGCUGGCAGAUCCCAACCCAAAGUCCAUCAAGCGCAUCAGCAGUUGCAGUAACCCCUUUCUGGACUUCUCCCAAGACUCCAGCAUCGCCACCUACAAGCAUGGUCUGUUAGUGCGCAAGAUCCAUGCUGAUCCUGACUGCAAGAAAACGCCCCGGGGGAAGCGCGGCUGGAAGUCCUUCCACGCCAUCCUGAAGGGGAUGAUUCUGUACCUGCAGAAGGAGGAGUAUAAGCCAGGGAAGGCUCUGGCAGAAGAGGAGCUGAAGAACGCUAUUAGCAUCCAUCAUUCACUUGCCACACGGGCAUCUGACUACAGCAAGCGACCCAAUGUCUUCUACCUCAGGACAGCUGACUGGAGGGUCUUCCUCUUCCAAGCACAGAACCCCGAACAGAUGCACUCGUGGAUCACACGCAUCAAUGUGGUGGCAGCCAUGUUCUCCGCACCCCCCUUCCCUGCAGCCAUUGGCUCCCAGAAGAAGUUCAGCCGCCCGCUGCUGCCCAGCUCCUGCACCAGACUGUCCCAGGAAGAGCAGGUGAAGAGCCAUGAGACCAAGUUCAAGACGAUGUCAGCAGAGCUGCUGGAGCAUCGUUCCUCACUACCUGAGAAGAAGGUGAAGGGCAAGGAGUAUGAGGAGCUGAAGCAGAAGGAAGAGUACCUGGAGUUUGAGAAAUCCCGCUACGGCACCUACGCCAUGCUGCUGCGGGCCAAGCUGAAGGCCGGCUCUGAGGACCUAGCAGCAUUUGAGUCCACACUCUUCGAUGCAGCGGGUGAGGAGGAUGAUGGUCUGAAAAAGUCCCACUCCAGCCCCUCGCUCAACGUGGAGCCCUCCAGCACAGCCACCAAGGUGAAGCGCAACGUCUCGGAGCGCACCGGCCACCAGCCCCCUGGCCACCCCCAGAAAUCAUAAGCGAGGGGCAUCAGCUGCCUGUGCUGCAGAUCCAUUCCUGCCCCCCCCCGCUGGGAUGGAGGC